GACAAACAGCAAUGAUGUCAUCGAGGAUUCCGGCGAUGUUAUCAUAUCAACGUCUCCAGAGCUGGAAUUGCUCCAACUUGCUGGAUUCCACUAUAUUAAAUGGACUGCGUUCCUCGAUGAACCAUUGAAAUUACCCGCAACGAUUUAAUUUUUUGUUUUUUUUUCUUUACCAACAUAUAAUUACAGCAUAAUGGAUGUUUUUUACGCCUAUACCUACACAACAGCAGGAUGGCUCUCCGUCCAGAGCGCAGCUCUAACAGUAGCACCGCAGAUAAUCAUGACCGCAUUGCUGGAUGAAACCCGAACUCCAACUCCACUAGAAAUCUACUUCGCCCGCACCCUCGGCUUUUCCCUCCUCACCCUCGCCGCCCUAGUCAUUAUGCUAACCGGCUCCAUCCCCCUAUCGACCACAGUCACCGAAGCCGUGACAACCGAUGAUUCAGACCCUAAAGCACCAUACGCCGUCCCUACGCUGAUGACGUCUACAAUCUUCCAGGGAGUUUGUGCGUUCUAUGCGUACACUUGGUAUACUUUUAACGGACAGGCCGCAUUUGCGGUGGGGGUGCUUGGGUAUACGAUUGCGGCUAGUAUUGGGCUUUGGUGUCUUCUUUUUGCGAGCAGUCAUGGGAAGAUUAGUCGGAAGACUGGGGCUGAUAAGAGGACGACGGGGUUUCCGUUCUCGAAUAGUGAGGCGGAAAAGAAGCAUGCUGGCAAGAAAUUGUGAAUGGGCUUGGGUUGAUGUGGUCGAGGAGUGACCUUGAUAUCUUAAAUGAAGUCCUAGAACUCUCGGACUAGUCCGGUCAUUACAGAGUGAAUUGUCAUAUAGCAUGUAUACUAUGCGAUAUUUCUAAAAUCAAUUUGACAAAGUGUAAAACCGAUAUCAGUUGAUAUGUGAAUUCAAUUAC